GUGAGAGUUUCCGCACGCAUCCGCAGUAUAUCGCCGUUGUCAAGCAACAGCUGUGCGCGUCCAUCCUUAGCAAUGGCGUUUCAUCCAAUCCCAAAGUGUUUGAGUUGUCCUUGGCUAUUUUCUUGAGUCUGUUGGCGUCCUUCAAGACCCACCUCAAGAACGAGAUGGACGUCUUCUUCAAGGUGUGUUACUUGUUCCGAGGGCGUGUUUAG